GCCACGCUGAUCGGUGUUGCUUUGAUCAGUUCGAUUUACGUAAGCUUUGUACCAGAGUACGAUGCACUACAAAUACUUUCGGAACAUACUGUAGGGCCUGAAUUUUGUGCCUAAUUGUCAGGUUUGACAAGGAGCGUGCAUGUAAACAUCUCCAGACAAUGAAAACUGCAGUUAACGUCAAGUACUACUCUCAAAAUGUUUGAAGAUGAAGAAGACGAAACAAGAGAACGUUUAUUGUCAGGUAGCAGUUAUGGAUCCUCAGAGGCAAACACCCUAAUUAACGGGGAUAUAAAGAAUGCAGGAGACACCGACAAAUGUGAAAAUGUUGUUCAGAAAACAAAACGUCCUUAUAAUAAAGAGCAGAUAAUACUGUUUGUCUGCAUUGCUCUAUCUAAUAUGUUUCAGUUCAUGUCAUGGUCCAUAUUAGCACCAUUCUUCCCCACUGAGGCUGCUAAAUUGAAGGCGACACCUACGCAAGUUGGAUUAAUAUUUAGUAUCUACUCUAUAGUACAAUUCUUUGCAUCACUCACCUAUGGAAAAUUUCUACCAGUUAUUGGAGCCCGAUUUUUAUACAUUUCAGGUUACUUUGUGACAGCUGGAAGUAAUAUCAUAUUUGGAUUUUUAGAUCAUCUCCAGCCUGGUACACAGUUUGUUGUAUUUUGUGCAGUGACACGAUCGCUAGAGGCUUUAGGUUCUGCUGCAGUAGUGACCGCAGGCAUGUCAUUAUUAAUAAAUAAAUUUCCCAACUCAGUUGCUCAAGUACUGGGAACUCUUGAAAUUUUUGUUGGAGUUGGAAUGAUGAUAGGUCCAUUCAUAGGUGGCAUCCUUUAUGAUGCUGGUGGCUAUAUUUUACCAUUCGCAACACUAGGUUGUUUCAUGCUUAUACAUUCAUUAGCACUAUUCUAUAUUUUACCAAAAGAUGAUGAAAAUAUACUUAGAAAAUGUGGGUCAUACCUGUGGCUGAUGAGCUUACCUGGAAGUUGGGUUGGAACUUUCACAACUUUUGUUGGAGCAGCCACACUAACGUUCCUGGAUCCAACCCUAUCCACUGAAUUAGAAAAGUUUGAUUUAACACCAAUUGAAGUCGGAUGGGUAUUCCUUUUGAUGGGUGCAGCAUACAGCAUUACAUCUCCAAUUAGUGGCUGGCUAUCUAAUAAAUUUGACAUCCCACGGAAAAUUAAUAUCAUUGGCUGUUUUCUCACAUGUGCUGGGAAUCUUGUGCUUGGAUCAUGGGCUCCACUACACAUUCCUCACACAAUAGCAAGUGUGAGCAUCGGUAUAGUAUUGAUAAAUAUUGCAGUGGGUUGUAUAAUACCUGCGACAUUCCAUGACUACCUUGAAACUUCAGCGUUCAAUGGUAUGCCCGACAACAUCUCAACACAUUCGGUGGUCUCCGGUAUGUUCAACUGCGCUUAUGCCUUAGGAGCAUUUGUUGGACCUUUACUCGGUGGUGCAUUGGUUCAAAAUUACAGCUUUGCGAUGUCAUCGUCUGUGUUUGGUUUCCUAAAUUUUGCCAUUGCUGUUCUUAUCUUCGUGUUCUCUCUUUGGGAGUUCAAUUGUGGAAAGGGGAGACGAAAAACUGUUUAUUUUACACGAUUUCAAGAUGAAACAGAAGGAGAAUGUAAGUCGGAGCUUCUUGAUGAUGAAGACGCAGUAUAAAUUGAGUACAAGAUCAUGGGCACUGAAAUAUUUAUAUGAAAUUUUGAAAUACAUUUGUAAUUUUGAAAUGAAUUUAUAAUUAAAUUUAAAAUACAUAUAUAUAUAUAUUAUAUAUAUAUAUAUGUUUGAAAAUGUGUAUAUAUGUGCAUUUAUAUAUACAGUAUAUAAAUAAAUCAUGCAAAAACAAAGAACCAAUACUAUGUAUUCUGUUCAUGUAUCUGAAGAUUGGACUGAUUUUGCAUUGUAUGUUUAUUUAGCCACUCAUUAAAAUUGAUUUUACGUUACUCUUAAUUAUUCUUAUAUAAUUUUAAUACGAUACAUUAAAUCAUGGCGCAGAUCAUGGGGAACGGGGAAACGUCACCCCCCCCCCCCACAUAUUUUUAAGGGAGGUUUGGUCCCUAACUUUUUGGCGGUAAUGUGCUUUCAUAAGUCAAAAAGAUGCCUGAAAAUUGUUGAAAUGAACUGCAUGAAUAACCCAGGUUUUAAUGUAAGAGCCCUGUACAGCCAGAAUAAAAAAACACCAUUAUCUCUGCCCACAAAUAUCAAGAAUUACAAGUAUGGGGGAAAAAAGUGUGUAAAGAUAACAUUGGUUUUCGGCACAUUAAGUAGGUAAAGUAAAGUAAAUACUGUACAUCAAACACAAUUAAGUUUUAUUUUCUAUGGUGCAUCACAGGGAUUAAUUAGAUCUAAAAGAUCAUGAGAAAUUAGUUUGCACUUCAUUUUAACUACUGUAUAAUGGUGAUGUGAUGGUGAUGACAUAAAAGACAAUGUUUUAAAUUUAUAUUUUUAUGGAACAUCACACAGAUUAUUUAAAUCGCUAUGACUGCUGAUAAAAGAUCAUGAGAAAUUUGUUGGCGCUUCAUUUUGACUAUAAUUUUAAAAUAGGAUUGGAACUGGUUCACGCAUAUCAAGUUAACUGAGAUAGUGUGCACAAUCACUGAGAAU